AAUAUUCCAGAGGUUCAGCCCCUCCUGUCCAGCAACACCUUUGGGUGUGAGGAGGAUGGGGUUGCGAUUUAAGCCGCGUGACAUCAAGUCACUUGGUAGUGAAGGAGGAUGAAGAUGGGUAGAUGGUCCUCGGGUGUCACACUGGUGCGUCACCUGAUGCUCGCCCUGACGGCCGUCAAAGCCGGCGUCGGCGAAGGUCCCGGCUCGGCCCCUCCCGGCCUGAAGCUGCUGAUCGGCUUCCAGGCUCCUUGGAACUCGUCGUUCCCCUUCAGUGCCCAGCGGCUGGGCUCCGCAAUCCAGAUCGCCGUAGACAAAGUGAACGGCAACCCUUCCUUCUUGGGCAACUACACAUUGGGCUUCGUCUACAUGGACACGGCCUGCAGCCCCAAAUUGUCCUUAGCGGGCUUCAUUCAGCAGGUGUGGAGGAACAACGUGUCCGCCGUCUUUGGUCCAGCGUGUCCGGAAGAAGCUGAGGUGACCGGCCUGAUGGCGUCCACAUGGAGCAUUCCGAUGUUCGGUUUCGUGGGACAAUCAUCCAAGAUGGACAACGGCGACGUGUACGACUCGUACAUCAACGUGGUGCCGCCGCUCAAGAGGAGCUCCGAGGUGCUGGUAAAGACCUUGGAAUUCUUCGGGUGGACGCACGUGGCCAUGAUCGGCGGCGGCCAGGAUUCCAAUACGUGGGACAAAGUGGACGCGCUGUGGAAAACGGUAGAGACGCCUCUGAGGUCAAGGUUCAAACUGACGGCUGCCGUCAAAUUCGACACCAGCGACAGAAGCCUGGUUUACCGCAACGUAAAGUACAUCGCCACUGUGGCUAGAGUGAUUGUGGUCCUGACCAACAAGGAGGACUCUCUGACGCUGCUGUUCGAGGCCGAGCGUCAGGGCUUGAUGGGCGGCGAUUACGUGUUCUUCCUGGUGCAACAUUUUGAGGACAACGUGUGGAAAUAUUCAACCAACGGCCAAAUGAACCAAGCGGCCCUCCGAGCCUUCGAUAUGACCUUCAUCAUUGGCCAGAAAUCGUACGAGGGCUACGAGUACUACGACUUUUUCGAGCAGGUUUUUGAGAGACUCAGAGGACCUCCGUUUCACAGCAACUUGACAUCCGAGAGAGAGGUGAGCACCUACUCAGCCUACCUGCACGACGCCGUGCUGCUUUACACCAUGGCCUUGAAGGAGGUCUUGAGAGACGGCAAGGAUCCUCAUAAUGGACGACAGGUUCUACAGAAACUGAAGAAUAAAAAUAGCAUUCGCUUCUAUGGAGCUUCAGGACUGGUCCACUUUGACAAGGACGGGGAGAGAAAUCUGGACUAUUCGAUUUACGACCUGCAGUACACCGGAGACGCCGCCGCAUUUGUUCCCGUCCUCCAUUUUGACAGCCACAGCAAAAGCAUACGGCCGACGACCAUGUUCACCGCAGUCACCUGGCCCAAAGGAAGACCCCCGUCUGACAACCCCGAAUGUGGCUUCAACAACGAGCUGUGCGAAUGGCUAAGCAACGAUAUCAUCCUGCUGGGUCUGCUGGUCACGUUCCCCGUCAUCGGCGUGUUGGCCGUGCUGGGCAUCGGCGUCCUGGUGCUGCAGAAGCUGCGCCUCCAGACCAGCCUGGAGGACUCGCGCUGGUGGCUCAUCGACUACGGCGACAUCACCAUCAUCAGGGAGGCGUCAGGGAAACAGAGCGUGUCGCUGAGCACCUCCAGAACGCUGAGUGGUAGCGGAGGUUCGUACUCCACCUUGUCUCACAACAGUUGCGGCUUCAAGGACAAGAGGGGCAAAGAGCAGAUCUACGCCACCGUUGGCCUCUACCAGGGGAAUUACGUGGCCGUCAAGUACAUCAUGAAGGAGGUUUGCGAGAAACUCCAGCGGGCCUCCGUCGUCGCCGAAUUCAACGUGGUAACGUUCUCCGGAGAACUCUUUGGCGACGUGUUUGCUCAACGGCGUGUUGCUAAAUGGCGUCCGCCUCCGCCGAGACAGAUGAAGGAGAUGAAGCACGAGAACCUGGUGCAGUUCUUCGGCGCCUGCGUGGAGCCUCCAAACGUCUGUCUGGUCACGCAGUACUGCAGGAAAGGCAGCCUGAAGGACGUUUUGAAGGCUUCCGAUGUGGAGCUGGAUGGGAUAUUCAAGCUUUCCUUCGCUUACGACAUCGUAAACGGAAUGGAUUUCAUCCACAAGAGCAGGCUCAAGUUCCACGGCAACCUCAAGACCAGCACCUGCAUGGUGGACAGCCGGCUGCAGGUCAAACUCUCCGGGUUCGGCCUGUGGGAGUUUAAAUACGGCGGUAAAGGCAACCGUGGCCCGCCGGGAACUCCCAAAUAUGAAGGGUUGUUCUGGACAGCUCCGGAGCUUUUGAGACAAGUGGUCACUGAAGUCAACGGGACCCCCAAAGGCGACAUCUACAGCUUUGCCAUCAUCCUGUGGGAGCUCAUGUACAACUCCAAGAGCGGGCCAUACCACGACGUCGACCUGGAGCCCAAAGAGAUCAUCGCGAGGCUGCGGGGGCCCUUCCACGGCGAGCCUCUCAGACCUCCGUUGUCCGACCUGUGCGACGACAACAUCAACGCGUUGCUUCGGGUCUGCUGGAACGAAAACGCUGAUCACCGGCCACCAUUCAGGUCUAUUCUAAGACAGCUGAAGGAAGCCAGCCCAGACAGCCAUGCAAACAUUCUAGACAACAUGGUGGAGAAGCUAGAAAAAUACGCCAAUCACCUGGAGGAGGUGGUGGAGGAGAGGACAAAUCAACUCGUCACCGAGAAGACCCGCGCCGACAAGCUUCUCUCCAGCAUGUUGCCGAGGUACAUCGCGGACAAGCUGAUGGCGGGGAAGUCGGUGGAGCCUCGCAGCUACGACAUGGUCAGCGUCUUCUUCUCCGACAUCGUGGGCUUCACCUCCAUGUGCGCCAUCAGCUCGGCCAUGGAGGUGGUCAUGUUCCUCAACGACCUCUACAGCCUCUUUGAUGACAUCAUCCAGAUGUACGACGUCUACAAGGUGGAGACCAUCGGUGAUGCUUACAUGGUGGCCAGCGGUCUGCCCAUCACCAACGGCCAACAGCACGCCGUGGAGAUCGCCACCAUGGCCCUGCACUUCCUGAACGCCAUCAAGCGCUUCCGAAUACGACACAUGCCUUCAGAGAGCCUGGCCAUCCGCAUCGGCGUCCACUCGGGUCCAGUGGUCGCUGGAGUCGUCGGGAGCACGAUGCCUCGCUACUGUUUGUUUGGCGAUACGGUCAACAUGGCCUCUCGAAUGGAGAGCAACAGCUUACCCUUGAAGAUUCACAUCUCUCAGUGCACGGCUGACAUUCUGGUCCAGGUGGGAUCAUUUGAGCUGGAGGAAAGGGGAGAAAUUGAAAUGAAGGGUAAAGGCUGCCACAAGACCUACUGGCUGUUGAGCAAACAGGGUUUCAACCCUCCUUUACGGGAUGCUCAAAGACCUGCGCAGGCGGACGCGAGCCUCCAGCUGGCAGCAGAGGUACACCCGGGAGUCAUCUUCAUACUCCUCUUCUUGUUCUUGACGUUGCUAUUGUGUUUCAUAUUUUUUGGGGUGUUUUUUUGUAGUGUGUCAAGGGAGCUGCGAAGAAAGCUGCCAGCGGGGACGUCGCCUUACCUCCAGUGGAUGUUUAGUUUACCCGUGAUAAUAAUAUAUGAAAAUAACACUUAUGUUUUUUUAAUAUUUAUUUCUCAGUACUUCUCAAGCGGGCCUCAAGACACGAGAAUCGAACGGAGGGUUUUCAAAUACAUUUUUAUAUGUGCAGUUGAAAAACAGGGAUGAUGAUGAUGAUGGUGG